UUCCUCUAAGGGAGGCUUUUUCGUUAUUGUGACACAAUAAAUACACCGAAACGGCUUUCGGCGCCUCGACCGCGGUUUUAAAACAACCGUCACGAGAAUGGCCUAAUUUAAGGACGUUCCGACGCCGCGACUCGCUUCCUGAAGUGAGACGGCUAAACCAAUGAGACCGGCUUCCUCCGCGGACAGAUAACGGUACAGGAACAGACACGGCGGCGGCGGCGGCGGCGGCGCAAAAAAAAAGAAAAAAGAAAAGAAAACCGGUCGCAAGGAGUGGCGAGCGAGCUGCUCUGAGCCUUUAACCUGACGUUUUAGAAAGCCCCGGUGGAUGUCUCUAUGAUCCAGCUAACACCACAGCCAACCACAAGCUGUUCAGUUUGCUCAAGCAGAGGUGAACCAUGGCGGACCCGAAUUCUAAUCGUCCCCAGAGGAAGAUGUCCACAGCUGGGGAGAGUCUGUACAAGGUGCUAGGGCUAGAGAAAGGAGCCUCAGCUGAGGACAUCAAGAAGGCAUACAGAAAAUUGGCCCUGAAAUACCACCCGGACAAGAACCCUGACAACCCGGAGGCGGCUGAGAAGUUUAAGGAGAUCAACAAUGCCAACUCCAUACUGAACGAUGAGACCAAAAGGAAGAUCUACGAUGAGUAUGGCUCCAUGGGCCUGUACGUUUCGGAACAGUUCGGAGAGGAGAGCGUCAAAUACUAUUUCCUCAUGUCCAAGUGGUGGUUCAAAAGCCUGGUGGUGUGCUGCACAUUAUUCUCAUGCUGCUGCUGUUGCUGCUGCUGCUGUUUCUGCUGUGGAAAGUGCAAGCCACCCGAAGACGAUGAGAGCUAUCAGUAUGUUGAUCCUGAAGACCUGGAGGCCCAGAUCAAAGCCGAACAGGACGGAGGUGCGCAGGUCCCCAUUGUGAUCCGGCUGCAUUCCACCGCUGACAGUGCCCUAGCGGAAGACCGGCCCAUAGCCAGCCAGCCCAUCCCCAUGCCCCAGCUCUGACCCACCCCAUUCUCCCUCGUCUACCCACUGGACAGCACUAUUAUGAUGGGCAUUGGAUGGCUUUUGAGUCCGCUUUGUGGAGCUCAAGUAAUGAAGAUCUCUUCACUCUAUUCAACCAGUAAGCUUGGCUAUGACAGGCAAGGUUUAAUGUCCAUCAUCCAACACUGAAUGUCCCUCCCAUUUUUCCAGCCAGCUAACUAGCAACAACAGGCCGGGCUAACUUGCUGCCUCCUGUCUAGGCUGGCUAACUGUUAUUCUACCACUCAGUUCCAUCUCUCCUUAUGCUAGCCAGCCAGCCCAGGCCAAGCUCCCUCUUUCCUGGUUUGUGGCCAUUUCUGGCUAGGCUAAUUUUUUAGUCCUCCAUGCCGGGACUCUAGACCAACAACAUUGUAGGCAUUCCAUCUCAACCUAUAAGGACAUGACACUGGGGGGCCGACAGGAGGACCAGGAGAAACCAGCGUGUGGCAUGAAGGGACAAAACCCUCCAACAAGACCAACAUCUGAUUCGUGAAGAUGCCAUCAGCCUGGAAGGCUUAGAUGACUGUCAUUCUCUUUUAUGUUGUAUCUGUCCACCCACUGGAGAAGGCCUUGAGUCAGUUUUCUUGUCUCUCUUGUUCUUGCCGUCUUUUUGCCCCCUCCUCCCCUUCUCUCCCCCUCUCCCUCCAUCUGGGACUGUAUUUUGGUGACUAACCAGGCAGUGGUAUGGGAAUGUUAAGGGGGACUCUUAACGUAAAGUCUGAUUGAAUGUGUGUGUGUGUGUGUGCGCAUGUGUGUGUGUUCGUUCAGUGUUAAUAAUCUGAGCCAAAACCUGGAGCUAACAAUUUCAAUGGGUACUAUGGCAGAGAAAUUAAGGCCUCCCUCCCAAACGUGCAUGUGUUAUUGUAUGAGUGCAUGCCCCUACCAUACAGCAUGGAAAUACAGGUUGUCCAUCACUCAUAUACACACACGUGUACACACAGGGGCACUGCCUACUUCUACACAGAUGUUACCCUGACUGAUACUCCAUCACAUACUCCACAUGUUCACACACCAGCUUCUCAUGAUUAUAACCCUAAUGAUGAUAAUGGAUCACAUUUAUACAGUGCUUUAUCUCGAUACCCAAAGCGUUUCACAGUGAAGGGGGGAAACUCACCUCAACCACCACCACUACACCAGCCACCACCAUCCUCUACCAUUCUUUGGUACCUCUGCUAAACACACACACACAUAAUAAUCCAUCGACUUUAAUGGGUGAUGACAGAAAACCAGUGAAACCUGUGAAUUAAACAAAGCUUAGCGAUGAAUUCAUUUUUUUAACAAGAACCUGAUUCAUUUUUAAUUCUACUUCGUCUUUUUUUAAAAUUAUUAUUAUGGUGUUAUUUAUAGUGUUCUAGUCAGUUAUGUUAGACCAAAGCCAAAAGUCCCAAGUAGCCAGCCAAACUCUUAAUGAAUUGGGUCAGGACAGUUUCUCCUAACUUACGAAGACUUCAAGGUCAAAUGCAAAUGCCACUUGGCACUGGAUAUGCCACUGAGGGGAUCGUAUUUAUUUGCUAUUUGUGUGUAUACAGUAUGCACUUGGGUCUAUGCACUUUGUAAAACUGAGAUGCGGGUCUGUUACUAUUUUUUCAAGUCUUGGGCCAAGCAGUAGUUCUACUUUUACUCCGGCCCUUAGUUUUUCUGAUUUCUGUUUUAGUGAUUUUGUAAACUUGACUUGUAGAAACCAUCAUCUAGAAUGCUACUUUGUAAGAUGUAUUCUGUUCUGAUGUCAACUCUCUGAACAUGGUCGCAGGCUCUCAGACACCAUUUUGGAUAAACCAAACCGAUCCAUAAACAUGGUGUCAAACAACUUUGUUCAACUGCUCACAUUUUCAUUUACUGCCCGCCUGUUUUACGUUCUGACCUUUGUCAUGUCUUUGUUAUGGGGAAAGUUGUCAAAAGAUUUUAGAUUUUAAUGCCACAUUUAAAAGGUGGUCUAGUAUGAAAUGGGGGAGGGCGCCUCAGUCUGAUGUAAUGACACCACAUUGAGAUAAAUACAAUAUCACUGCCUACAAGAGAGAAGUCUGCCAGUACUCUUGGCCGUUUGGUUAAUUGUAGGACUAUAGUGUGGUUUUACUGCCAACAGUGAUAUUUUCCAGACAUAAAAGUUGUUAGUCAGUGUCUAAUGUCAUACCACCAUAGCUUCAAGUAUCGGGAGACAGGUUACAAGUGCUAGGCCAGGUAGUCUCUUAACCCAGAGAUGUGUAUCCCUUAGUGUGUAAUGUGGCCUACUCUAGUUUCUUAGCUACUGUGCCAGGUAUGAAGCCGUAAGGGAGUGUCAUUCCCUUUUUUGCCAAGAUAUCCCAUAUUCUCUUUGUUGGAUAGACUCCAAACAUUCUCUUAUCCAGAGUAUCAAGAGUUACAGUAUCACAGUAUGUUGUAGGGGUCACAUUACCUGCUGAGACAGUGUAUAAGACCAAAGAACUAUCAAGGUUCGAAUGCAUCCUGGAAAACCUGGGAAGUACUUUUCCAGUCAUGGAAAAGAACUGGGAAAUGAUAAGAUUGAUCAAAUGUCCUGGAAAUAUUAUUCAAGUCAUGAAAUUGUAAGUCGGGUUAUAGUCAUAUUUUUUCCAGCUCAGAUUGCAUAUCGCUAGCAUAAUUUUCAGCUGAAUUCAUGUUUUCUAGCCACUGAGAUGCAUCAGUGCUUGAAGUUUGGAUGUUGAGUGACUACAGUCCAUCUAGAGACUGUUGAGCAACAUCUGUCACAUCCAAGCAAAAGUCAUGCAGAAUGUCCUUGUAAAAGUCCAGGAAAAGAAUUUCUUAAACAGAGUUGGAGCACUGAACUUAUAAAUAGCCAAACCGCUUUAGAUUAAUGGAGAUUUAAUCAGUCUUGAGUUUUUAUUUUAUUCUCAUGUGAAACGCAACCCACUCCUGUGAGCAUUUGUCUCCAUGCAGUGCUAGUUUUAGUUCAUCAAGGAACUUGUCAAGGCCUCCAAUACUUUUUUGGAUAUUGUUAUACACUGAUUGAGGUAUUUGUGGUGUGGAAAAUCACAGUUCAUCACAAAAUCUUACGGAUUGUCAGAUAACCAUAGUUUUUAAAUGUCCUUAGGCAGUAUUUUGCGAUUAAAAGAUCGGUGAAAUUUAAAGAGGAAAUUUAUUAUUCUCUCGCAUCAGAAGUAACUACUGUUGUAUCAGGCUGAGGAACAACCCAAAGGUUUAAAGAUGGCUGGUAAACUGUCCAAAUGGCAUGCUCCUUGUCCCUUAAAACAAAGGAAUAUGGACAUGGAAACUGUAGGAAAUUUAUACAUGUAAAGUCUAUUUGUCACAUGUGUGAAACAAGUCAUUCUGACCAAUGAGGGGUCAGGCCAGCAACAAAUGAUCUAGUAAAGCCAGGUUGUGGACCCUGAAAAUGUUUGGUGAAUAUAGGCCACUGUUUUACUAACUUUAUCAUAGCUCAGUUGGUUAAAGUUCUUCUAUGUAAAGGCUUUCCGUAGAAAAAGAAAAGACGAUUUAGACAAUGAGACUGGGACAUUUUUUUUGGGGGGGGGGGCAUUUUUCUGCAGGAUUAUGUCCUUCAGUUUGACUGUCAUCACCUCUCGGCUCCUCACCAUCAAUAGCCAAAAGCCUUCUAAAAAGGUUCAAUACAAAGGUGUGGAUGUUAACUUUUGCCCUCUUCCAGAUCAUAGAUGUGUUCAUGGGGUAUGACCGUGAAUUGUUGAAUGACAUAUUUCCUUAUUUUAAUUGCCAUCUGUUGUAAAUACUAGUGAAUCAAUCAAAACAAGAGAUGUACCAGGUCAUGCAACAUAACAGCUUCAGUAAUCCUUAUUGUAAAUGGAAGCAUUGUGAGGGUUGAUCUGUUUUUAAAAGUGUACAAAGAUGUUUUUUUUUAUUAUUAUUAUUUUGUCAAGUGAAAAAUAUUUGAAUCUAAAUGUCAUGACAGGAAGUGGGGGUGACCAGUCCCAGUACUUGCUGUUAUGCAGAAUUUGAAUUCCCCCCUCUCUGAGUGGACAGUGUGCGAUUUGCCCCGUUUAGCAAUGAAAUGCAUUACAACAUCGUGGACGGUGUACUGCUUGCUGUUAAGUGUGUGGACAAAUGCACACUAACGAGUGAAGAGAGGUGUGAAAACCGACUGUAGCAACAGACAGAAGCUCAGCAUGGCAUCAGUGAGUCAAGUCACUCAGUCAAAGGCUCGCCCAGAUAUUAAUAUCACCACCCCUGUAGACACAUCGGACAAUAAGACAUUGUCCACCCUGCAAAUUAAAUUAUGAACCAUUGUGCGUGUGUGUGUGUGUGUGUGUGUGUGUGUGUGCGUGCGUGUGUGCGUGUGUGUGUCAGUCAUUCAUUGUUGACAGUGGCCCUCGUGGAAAAAUUGUAAAUGUGUAUUUAUAUGAUGAAAUUCAAUCAAAUAA